AUGGUUCAAGAAGAUUGUUUUGUGAAUGAAAAGGAUGAGAAAUUAAGAACUUUAGGAGUAUUCAAGGAUCAAAGUGGAAUCCUCAGACUAAAAACUAAACUUACCUUUCGUGAGGAUACAGAAGACUUUAAAACGCCAGCUAUUCUUCCAUCCAAUCAUGAGGUUGUCAAGAGACUAGUGCGAUACUAUCAUGAGAAAAAUGCACAUGCUGGUACUCAAAUUUUAAUAAAUAUUCUACGAGAGAGAUUUUGGAUUCUGAAUGCUCGUAAAACUGUGAGAUCUAUCAUCAAUCAAUGCACCGUGUGUAGAAGAUUUUCUGCAAAGAACCUAGAAACUUGUACUGGGGCUCCUCCAGAAGAUAGAUUACGAGAAGCAGCUGUAUUUGAAAUCUGUGGAGUUGAUCUUGCGGGACCAGUAAUCCUGAAAGGCAACAAGAAAUCUUGGAUUUGUUUAUUCACCUGCGCCAUUUAUAGGGCAGUCCAUUUAGAGUUGGUUGAAUCGAUGUCUACUGAGAGUUUUCUACUAGCUCUUAGAAGAUUUAUAGCUCGUAGAGGACGGAGCAGAAUCAUAUACUGUGACAACGGAACCAAUUUUGUUGGUGCUUCAAAUGUACUUCAAGACUUAAACUGGAAGCAAAUCACUGAAGACACAUCUAUACCACCAAUUCAGUGGAAGUUCAACCCACCAACUGCCUCCUGGUGGGGAGGCUGGUGGGAGAGAUUGAUAGGAAUUCUUAAGAAAUUGCUGAGACGAGUAUUAGGAAGAGCUUCGCUAACUUCUGAAGAAAUGAACACGACUCUCUGUGACUGUGAAGCAGUAAUUAAUUCCCGUCCAUUGACAUAUGUAACUGAAAGUGAUGCUACUUUAAUGCCUUUAAGUCCAUCUCUAUUUCUGCAAGAUAAUCAAAUAAGUGGUGUUCCAGAUCUUGAUGACAUUGGGCAUAAAAGUCUUAAUAAGCGAGUCAAAUAUAGAGAAAACUUGCAAAAGGAUUUGAGAAACAGGUUUAGGUCUGAAUAUUUAGGAGCACUUAUUCAAAAAGCAGGAAACAAAAAAUCUGUGAAAGUGAAUAUUGGUGAUAUUGUAUUGAUAGGAAGUGAUAACACCAAGCGAAUCAAUUGGCCAUUAGGUAAAAUAAUUCAGAUUCUUCCAGGAAAAGAUGGAAUUACAAGACUUGUCAAGCUUAAAACAGCUAAUGGACACUUGCUAAGACCAAUUCAAAGAUUGUAUCCACUUGAAGUUUCCAACGAUGAUCCCAUUAUUGAGAAAUUUUCAACCGCGAAGGUGGGAGGUGAAACCUGUGCCAAUUCUUCCUUUGAUAACGUGUGUGGACUUGAACCUCAGAUUCAAAAGACUAGAGCAGGUCGUACAAUCAAAGUACCUAAGAGACUGGACUUAUGA